AUGUCGAAACAAACUGUCUUUGUAAAUGGACAUGUCUUCGGCGCUGACGGUCAAUUCUACGAUGCUAUAAUCAUUGAUGACGACAAGAUCGAUCAUGUCGGAUAUGAGCACAAUAACGAGGUCCAGUCAGCCCUCCAUGAUGGAGCAGAGCGGAUAGAUCUCAAAAACCAUCUUGUGGUCCCUAGUUUCAUCGAUAGCCACACACAUUUCCUCAUGUACGGGCUUUCGCUGCAGAAACUCGACCUUGGUACGUGCGAGACGCUUGAAGAGAUCCGCGCGGCUAUCAGGCAAUUCGGAAAGGAGAAUCCACAAAUUCCUCGAAUCCAAUAUCGGGGAUGGCUUCAAGCAAGCAUAGAAGGACAUCCCGUAGCGAGCAUGUUGGAUGACCUCGACCCUCGUCGAAUCUUUGUUGAAUCAUUUGAUCUCCAUUCCACUUGGUGCAACACGGCCGCACUAGAAGAGCUUCCCUUGGAAAGCAUGAAACCAGUGUGCGGCAAAUUCAUCUCCUGCGAUCAGGACGGAAAACCGAGUAGGCUGCUCGCAGAAAGCGCGCAAAUGCUCAUUGUCUUCCCGCAUCUAAUCCGCGAAGCUCUGAAACUUUAUCGUGAAACUAAAGGUCUCCCAAUACAUAUUGCCGCCCAUUGGCGUAUUCAGUAUAGUGACGACACUAACAGAGAGACCUUGUCUCGGAACAUAGACGAGGCGAUCGCCAUACACCAAGAAUGGCAUCCCUCCAAAUUUCCCGACUUUUGUAUUGUCGGCGUUAAGCUCGUCUGCGAUGGCGUCGUAGAUGGAUGUACCGCUGCCCUGAGCCAACCCUACACGGGGCUUGUAGAUCUCACACAGCCAUUCUGGCCGACAGAGGAGAUAAAUUUUACAGUUCAGCGAGCUGCGAAGGCAGGCUUGCAAUGUGCCAUCCAUGCUAUUGGAGACCAAGCCAUUUCACAGGUCAUCGACGCUAUUGCAAGUGCAGAAACCGCAGGCGGCCGCCAUCGAAUCGAGCACCUGGAGCUCUGCUCGGCCGCCGACAGCAAGCGCCUAGGUGAAAUUGGCAUCACCGCUUCAAUCCAGUCUGUGCACUCCGACCCUGCUCUUUUGAAGGCCUGGCCGAGCCUUAUCGAUCCUCGCCUUUUAGAGCGAGCUUUUCCCUAUAAGGAAUUCGUACAUAGUCAUGCCAGAAUUGCUAUCGGUACAGACGCACCAACGGCCAAGAAUUUACCUCUACCUAAUCUUUAUAACGCUACGACAAGGAAGUCGGCUCUCGACCCCUCGGUGACAGAGCAGCCACACGAGCAAUUUGCGCACCACGCGCUCACCUUGUCUGAGGCUGUCACUGCUGCUACUACGGGGGCCGCAUACUCACGUUUUGCAGAAACGUGGACUGGAAGUCUUAAGAAGGGCCUUCGAGCCGACUUUAUAGUCGUGGAUUCGCAAUGGACGCCGGAUACGCUCCUUGAUGGAAAAAUAUAUCAGACAUGGUCUGGCGGUCAGAAAAUUUCUGAGUGUUAG